GCGGCUGCGGAGGCUCUGAGCGGGGCGGCGAUGCGCGGCGCUCCCGGCGACGAUGGAGGACCGGUCCCACAAGGUGCUGCUGGCGCUGGUGAUGCUCUUCCUCUUCGCCGUGAUCGUGCUGCAGUACGUCUGCCCGGGCACCGAGUGCCAGCUGCUGCGGCUCCGCGCUCUCAGCCCCGCCGCCGCCGCCGACCCGUACCGGGCGGAGGACGAGACGCCGGCGCGUUUCGUUCCCCGCUUCAAUUUCUCCGCCGACGACUUGCUGCGGCGGGUGGACUUCAACAUCAAGGGGGACGACCUGAUCGUGUUCCUGCACAUCCAGAAGACGGGCGGCACCACCUUCGGGCGGCACCUGGUCCGCAACAUCCAGCUGGAGCAACCCUGCGAGUGCCGCGCCGGGCAGAAGAAGUGCACCUGCCACCGGCCCGGCAAGCGGGAGACCUGGCUCUUCUCCCGCUUCUCCACCGGCUGGAGCUGCGGGCUGCACGCCGACUGGACCGAGCUCACCAACUGCGUGCCCUCCGUGGUGGACAGCAAGAAGGAGGUGCGGCUCCGGCCCUCCAGGAAUUUCUACUACAUCACCAUCCUGCGUGACCCCGUGUCCCGGUACCUGAGCGAGUGGCGCCACGUGCAGCGCGGGGCCACAUGGAAGGCGUCCCUGCACGUCUGCGACGGCCGCUCCCCGACCACCGAGGAGCUGCCCAGCUGCUACAGCGGGGACGACUGGUCGGGCUGCUCCCUGCAGGAGUUCAUGGACUGCCCCUACAACCUGGCCAACAACCGCCAGGUGCGCAUGCUCUCCGACCUCAGCCUGGUGGGCUGCUACAACCUGUCGGUGAUGCCCGAGGAGCAGAGGAAUAAGGUUCUGCUGGACAGUGCCAAGGAGAACCUGAAGCGCAUGGCCUUCUUCGGCCUGACCGAGUUCCAGCGCAAGACUCAGUAUCUCUUUGAGAAGACUUUCAACAUGAACUUCAUCUCGCCGUUCACGCAGUACAACAGCACAAGGGCCUCCAGCGUGGAGAUAGACAAGCAGACUCAGCAGCGCAUCGAGGCCCUCAAUUUUUUAGACAUGGAAUUGUACGAUUAUGCAAAAGACCUGUUCCUGCAGCGGUACCAGUACAUGCGGCAGAAGGAGCACCAGGAGGCGCGGCGGAAGCGCCAGGAGCAGCGCAAGAUCCUGCGGGCCAAGCAGGCGCACCUGAGGGAGCAGGGGGAGAACAGCUCCAGCACUGACUACACGGGGAACGUGGAGCGCUGGCGGCGAUAGUGGGGCGCACCUGAGGGCAGAAAAUGAGCAGAGCCCGAGCCAGCCUGCAAACCCAGUGAUGCUUCUCGAGGGUCUGAAGCAAAAAGAGGUCAAAAUGUUGCCUUUGCAGUUGCCUUUGCAGUAAAUGUUGUACUGUACGUGGAACACUUAAUCUUAGCGUGUAAUUAAAUUGUCCUUUUUAGGUUUGUUGGGUUAUUUAUGAAAUACGGGAGCCGUCUCGGCUCAUCGGAAAUGUUUGCUUGGACAUUUAUUUAAAAGAAAUGAAAGAAAAAAAAAUCCUUAUAUUAGUUAUGAGUACAAAAUGGGAUGCUGGAAAAUGUUUAUGAUGCUCGGCUGAAAUCUAUCUGGGAAGCAAACUCAUUUCCUAAUAACGAGCAUUUAGCAUACUCUCACAAUACAGUAUAUGAACAAAUCCUUUUCCUUUGAUUUUAUCUUAAUUUUAUUUUAAUAAUGUGUUUUCAAGGGCACCAACUGCUUAUGAUAUUUACCAAGUUAAUGAGUGAAUGAUGAAGGGAACAGUAAAGGUCUAGAAAAAUUAUCGACUAGUUUUAUGUAUAAUAUUGGCUUUUAAAAUGAAUAGAAGUAAUUUCUCUAGUUAUAUAAAUAUUUAAAAUUUUAAACUUUUUCUACCUACUGCUGUUUAGAGUUUUAAGCUUGGUCUAUCUCAUAUUUAAAAAAAAAGAAAAAAAAUACAUGCAUACUUUUCUGAACUCAAUGCCAACGUUAUAAGACACUGUUUCCAGAAUUUUUCAGGGCAGUAUGAUUUUAACCAUUCUGGAAAAGUUACAGCACAUUCUCAUGUUUUUUUCAUAAAGCCUUCUCCAAGUUAUAAUCCUGUGACAGUGUCUCAUUUUAAGUCUUUCUUACCCAUUAGAAUACAUAAUGCUGAAUUUAUCAUUCCUUAAUAAUUGGUGGUAUAAACUAGAUGAAAUUAUGUUGCUGAUAUUUGUGUAGUGUCUUUAAGAAGUCAUAAAACUCUCUAAUCCCAGCAAUAUUAUAAAGAGAAUUGCUCAACGGAAGUAGAUUUACACUUGAAUUAGGAUUUACUUCCAGUAAAUCUUUGCUACACCAGAUAAGAACAGGGCUUUUUUUUUUUCCUAUGCUCUUGAGCCCUUCAUAGCGAUGAUGACAGAUGAGGACUGGGAAUGAGGGAAGCCAGUUUUUCCAUAGCCAUAGUUAGAGGGGGAGAGGGAAGUGAGGUGCAUGGGGGGCACAGCUCGCUCCCCAGCAGGCUCUGCUGGGCUCAGGGUCGGAGCUGGAGCGGGGUCCUGCAGCCCUCCAGCCUCCCCAGGCCCACGGGACAGCAAACGUGGUGUGAGGGGCUCCUACAAAUCUCUAUGCAAAAAAAAAAAAAUACAAACCUCUGCAAGGCUUGGGCCAGGCUUUCAGCAAGCUGAGCACAUUUGUCCUGCAGUGCUGCCGAGCUUGGCACUGAGCUGGGCGGGC